AUGACCAGCUCGUCAGGAUACACCGUCAUCCAGCGCUUCCGGUGGCCUGAGAUCCGCCUGCACGUCUGGCUGCUCGUCAACCUCGCCUCCUCAGCGACCUGCCUGGGCAUCUUCAGCUGGUUCCUCUUCGUCCAGACACAGCUCUCCGUCUCGACCCCAUGGGUGUUCCCGUUCAUGGUAGCAACCGCCGGCCUGGGCCUGCUGUUCGUCUUCUUCAUGCUCUUCCUCAUCCAGCGCGGCCUGCUGCUCCCCGACAUCAUCAUCCUCGGCUGCUUCGUCCUCUUCGUCCUCUGGCUGACCGGCCUCAUCGGAACCGCCAUCGAGCUCUACGGCACACAAGCAAACGUCAACUCAAACUGCCAGAACUACGUCGUCAACAUGCCCUCCAAGGGGCCCAGCAUCAACACCCUCGCCUGGCUCACCCAGAUCACCAUCUGUAACUGCUGGAAGACGGCAUUCGCCUUUGAGCUGGUCAGCACCGUCUUCUACAUCUGGAUGCUCAUCAUCGCCUUCCAGGUCCGCAGGGGUUUCUUCCUGAAGUAG